AUGGGGCCCCCGGGCAAUAGGCGAUCAUGGGGCCCCUGUGUCCUUGCCCAAACUCAAAAAAGCCUAUGAAAAAGGUACCAGGAUAAUCUCAUGGGGCCCCCUAAUGACCCCGGGCCCUCGGGCAGUGCCCGAGUUUCCAAAUGGUCAGUCCGCCAUUAUUUAAUCACACAUUAUUAUUGUAUUAUUAUAUGUGGUUAUUAUUAUUAUUUAUGUAGUAGCGCUACACCACUAGAUUUAUAUUUUUAGCAUCAUUAUCACCUAUAGGUACAGGGCUGGGUGUCAGCAGCUUUUUAGAUAUUAAUAAUAUUCUAU